UUUGGAACAGCGGAGAACCAAACCAAUGUCUCCUUAGGUUAAACCAAUAAACGCAAUCAAUUUUCAGCGCUUUUUCCUACCGAUAUCGAAGGCACCCAGAUCCCUUUUAACCCUUGAUAAGCGGUCCUUCAUCCCUCUAUCUAUCCCUCUUCGUCUGUUUCAAACCCAAGGCGGUUUCUUGAUUGAGUUCAGAUUAUCUUACUUCUUUCGCAGCAGAGAUAAAUGAAUUAAAAGGUUGUGGGUUGGGAGGCAUUCGUUAAGAGCUAAUGUAGUCUUGGGUUCCAGCUAUCUGGCUCAAGUGACAGGUAAAUAGAAGAACAAUCAGACUGGUUCGGGAAAACCGGAAAAGGAGUAUCUUUUAGGUAGCGGGAUCUAAGUUAAUAAGCGUAUUGGGGGCACCCAUUGCCAUCUUUUUAAUCUAUACAACGUGUGAGAGGCUCCAAUGAAUUCAGUGAGACUGAAGUAUAAGAAUAAAAGAUGGGAUCUCGUGUUUCAACCAUACAAGUACUUAAUUGGUUUAAAUCAUGGCCAGAAAACCGGUUAUCGAUCCAUAAGCCGUUGCACUGUUGAAACAAACCGGUUUUCCGGGAGCGGUUUUAUUAGAAGAUAUCUGUCAAAUUCUUCAACCUUUUCUGGUUCUGCUGCUCCAAGGUUGCUUGCAGGAUCAUAUGCAAAUUCUAGUGGUUCUUUUCGAUUUUAUAGCUCAGAGGGUGAUGGAAGAAAUGCAAGCGAAGAUAAACAUGCGCCUCUGAAAGACGUAUCCAAGUCUGAGAAGGGUAGCAUCGGUAAAGAAAAUAUCAAGGAGCAUGUGGAUCACCAUGAUGCACAUGCUCGUCUUGGAGAGCAAGAUCAAAAGGAAUGGCUUGUUAAUGAGAAGUUGGCUAUUGAAAGUAAAAGGAAAGAAUCACCUUUUCUAACUAAACGGCAAAGAUUCAAAAACGAGUUCUUACGAAGGGUUAUUCCAUGGGAGAAACAAACGGUCUCAUGGGAUACAUUUCCUUACUACAUACAUGAACAUUCCAAGAACCUUUUAGUGGAAUGCGCUGCUUCUCAUCUAAAACACAAGAAGUUUACUACCACAUAUGGUUCACGGCUAGAUUCGUCAAGCGGGAAAAUACUGCUUCAGAGCGUACCAGGCACUGAGCUUUAUCGAGAAAGAUUCAUUAGAGCACUUGCACGGGAUUUACAAGUUCCCUUGUUGAUUCUUGACAGUAGUGUUCUAGCUCCUUAUGAUUUUGGUGAAGAUAACUCCGAAAAUGAAUCAGAUGAUGAAGGUGAAGAGGUUACUUCAGAAUCAGAAGUUGAGGAUGAGGCAAGUAAUGAGGAAGAGUGGACUAGCAGUGGUGAGUCGAGAUCAGAUGAUGAGGACAUUGAGGCUCGGGCAGAGGAAGCCCUGAAGAAGCUUGUUCCUGGGGGCAUUGAAGAGUUUGCAAAGAAGGUUGCUGUUGUUGGGGAGAGUUCCUCUGAAUCUUCAAAGCAGGAGGAGGUGGAGUCUUCUGAGGAACCAAAGGAGCCAUUAAAGAAAGGGGAUCGUGUCAAGUACGUUGGGCCUUCCGUCCAUGUGGAAGAAGAUACCAGGAUUUUAUUGGGGUCGAUAGCAACAUCUGAUGGUACAAGAAAAGCAUAUACCGUUAUCUCGCGCAGACCCUUAGCCACCGGUCAACGUGGGGAGAUUUAUGAGAUUAAUGGGGAAAGAGUUGCGGUUAUUCUGGAUAGUACAGAAGAUAAGGCAGACGACGUGAAAGACAACGAGAAACUUGAGCAAUCUGCUAAACCAUCGAUAUACUGGAUUCAUGCUAAGCAUGUCGAGCGUGAUUUUGAUACUGAAGCCGAGGACUCUUAUAUUGCAAUGGAGGCACUAUCCGAGGUGUUGCGCUCUGUGCAACCUCUGAUUGUGUAUUUUCCAGACUCAUCUUUGUGGUUGUCGCGAGCUGUUUCAAAGUCAAACCGCAAAGAGUUUGUGCAUAGGCUUCAGGAAAUGUUUGACCAGAUUUCGGGGCCCGUUGUUUUGAUAUGUGGGCAAAACAAAGUCGCUACUGGAUCAAAGGAGAAAGAAAAAUUUCAGACUAUGAUCCUUCCAAAUUUGGGCCGUCUUGCGAAGUUGCCUCUCUCGUUGAAGCGACUUACUGAGGGACUGAAGCCGACGAGAAGGCCAGAGGAUAACGACAUUUAUAAGCUAUUCACAAAUGUUAUGUGUCUGCAUCCUCCAAAGGAAGAAGACCCACUUAGAGUAUUCAAUAAACAAAUUGAUGAAGACAGACGAAUUGUUAUAUCACGAAGUAAUAUAAAUGAAUUGCAUAAGGUUCUUGAUGAAAAUGAACUGUCUUGCAUGGAUCUCUUGGAAGUGAACACCGAUGGAGUGAUACUAACAACGAAGAAAGCUGAGAACGUUGUUGGCUGGGCCAAAAAUCAUUACUUAUCCACUUGUGCUCUUCCUUCCAUCAAGUCGGAUAGAUUAAAUUUGCCCCGCGAAAGCCUUGAAGUUGCAAUCCUGCGGCUAACCGAGCAGGAAUCGAUAUCUAAGAAGCCUGCACAAAACCUAAAGAACCUCGCCAAGGAUGAGUACGAGAGCAACUUUAUAUCAGCAGUAGUCCCUCCUGGUGAAAUUGGUAUCAAGUUUGACGACAUUGGUGCUCUUGAGGAUGUGAAGACAGCGCUACAUGAACUCGCCAUUCUUCCAAUGAAAAGACCUGAACUUUUCUCUCGUGGAAAUCUAUUGCGGCCUUGCAAAGGGAUAUUGCUUUUUGGGCCUCCUGGAACCGGGAAAACGCUACUUGCCAAGGCACUUGCAACUGAAGCCGGAGCCAACUUUAUCAGCAUAACUGGUUCCACACUUACAUCUAAGUGGUUUGGUGAUGCUGAAAAACUUACGAAGGCCCUCUUCUCGUUUGCCAGCAAGUUGGCUCCUGUAAUUGUUUUCGUUGAUGAGGUUGACAGUUUGCUUGGUGCCCGUGGAGGGGGUUUCGAGCAUGAGGCUACCAGAAGAAUGCGGAAUGAGUUUAUGGCAGCAUGGGAUGGAUUGAGAUCGAAAGAUAGUCAGAGGAUCCUCAUCCUUGGUGCCACAAACCGACCGUUUGAUCUUGAUGAUGCUGUGAUUCGUCGAUUACCACGAAGGAUUUACGUGGACCUGCCAGAUGCCGACAAUAGAUUGAAGAUACUGAAAAUAUUUCUCGCUCAAGAGAACGUAGAACCCGGUUUUGAUGUACGAAGUCUUGCAAAUGCUACUGAAGGAUAUUCGGGAAGCGACUUGAAGAACCUUUGUAUUGCUGCAGCAUAUAGACCCGUUCAAGAACUUCUUGAUGAAGAAAAGAAAGGAAAGAAAUCUGAUACAACUCCAGCAUUAAGACCGCUUCAUUUGGAUGAUUUCAUUCAAUCCAAAGCCAAGGUCGGGCCAUCCGUUGCCUACGAUGCAGCAAGCAUGAACGAACUCAGGAAAUGGAACGAACAGUACGGAGAAGGCGGAAGCAGGAGAAAAUCGCCAUUUGGCUUUUGAAGCUACCAACAAUAUGGGAUUUGUUUUGAAAAUUAGAAUAUACCAUAGCUAGUAACCUUAGUAGCCAUAAUCAUCAAUGGAGGAAAGUUGCAUCUGGGCAUGAUUCAUGUAUUCUAGUCACACUAACUGUAAAAGAUGAUAGAUAGCAGCUGAUACCAACAUAACUUUUAACUUUGUUUUCUUACAAAUUUUCCAUUUAUUUCAUAAAC